CAGCUUACCAACAUAUACAAACCACAAUAGAAACCUACUACGACAGUGUUACCACACAAAAUGUAAUUAAAAUUGUGACGGUCAUUGAGGUAUUCUGUGAGCACAAGUUUGUAAUUUAUUUUAUGGUUCGUUCUCACCAUGGGUGUCAAAAAAUUGAAUAAAAUUUACUUACAUUCCACAGAUCAUUCAAAGGGCUAAACCAGGGAUGACGAACAUGUCAUAGCACAAAUAUAAUACUUGCUUCUAAUACAAAUACAAAUGACAGUUUGUUAGUGAUUUUCAGUUAACUACAGUAUUACCGUAAAUAUAAUUACGUAACAAAGUAUCACCACAGCUGUUGACGUGUUUACAUUACCUGAGAAUUUUUGGUUGAGGUAAAUUCAUUAUGGAGUAGGAGAUGGGAGAUGUGCAGGUGACAGCUGUGCCAUAACAGGCGAACGUUUACUAAUUUUAAAGAAAUGGGUGCCAACCAGGAAUUCUGUUUGCGCUGGAGUAGUUACCAAGAACAAUUAACAGAGGCUUUACGUUCACUACUUGAGAAGGAACUUCUUGUUGAUGUCACUUUAGCAUGUGAUGGACGUUCUCUACGGGCCCACAGAGCAAUUCUAUCUGCAUGUUCUAGCUAUUUUCAGGAGUUGUUUCAGGAGAGUGGCCAUCCACAUCCUAUUGUAAUUCUCAAAGAUGUCAGGUUCGAGGAGUUAAAAGCUCUAGUAAAGUUCAUGUAUCAUGGGGAGGUUACCAUGAAUAAUGACUCGCUGCCUGGUUUCUUAAAAACUGCAGAGACUCUACAUAUUCGAGGCCUCACAAACAGGGUAGUGCCUAUACAUGAGGUGAUAUCUUCCCAGAGGACAAAGGAUAUAGAGGAACCACUGUCACAAGAAGUAACAGCUGGGGAAGACAGUAAUUCUGCAGACAACAUUGCAAGUACUGAAUCAACAAAUGAUACAGGAAAACCACCUGAACCUAAGCGGAUAAAAACUGAGCCCCAGAUUUUGCUAGUUGACAACAUACAACAGAGGGAUGAAGGUAGUCUUCCGCUUUCUACACUGGAUGGCAUCAGUCAGCUAGUUUUACCUGUCCUUCAGGAGGAUUCUAGGCCUUCCAGCCAGUUCACAAUUAAUCAAGGUUUAUGUCAUUCCGUGCUACCUCGUCAGCAGCAAAGCCCAAAUAAUCACAGUCUCAGUAGUUUUAGUAAUCGACCAUUCCGACACAGAGUACUAUGGAAUCAUGAUCAAAUCCUGCAACUGGAGUCUUGGUACCUUGCAGACAGAUAUCCCACUGGCCAAGCCAUGCGCCAUUAUGCAGAUGCACUAGCAGCCAUGUGUCCAACCGGCGCAAGUCCCACACGACAAAAUGUUGAUUACUGGUUCCAGAAUCGACGACGGAAAGACAGUCACCCUGAAGUCUUGCAGCAACGAGAAAAAAAGAAAUUAGCAAAGACUUUAUGGGGCAAUAUUCUUGAUCAAAGGGCAGGACAUAGUGGAUCGUGAUAAGUGAUUUUAAAUAUACACUAUUUAUGUACCUUUGAUAUAAUGACUUUCCAAUUCUAAAUACUGGGAAGGAUCCCUCCUUUCAUUCUCUAGAACACACACAAUUACGUUCUCAUUUUAUAGAACUUAAGGCUCAGAUUUCAUGUUAAUGUAAGCUGAAAUUAGAUGGUAGGUUAGAAAUGAAAAAAAAAAAAAAAUGUUGCAAAAACCAGUUACAAAACACAACAAUAAUUUUCUUCUUGCAGCUUUUUUAUUUUUAAUUUAGAUUGGAAUAUGGCUGAGCUGUAUCAGUAUAUUAAGUUCUUCAGGUUAAGUUCACAAGACUGCAUAAAUUUCUGGUUGAUUACAACUGGUAACAUGAAAUACUUGAAUACUGUUAUGACUGGUAACAUCAGUCAUAACAUUUCAUAUAUUGGUUAUAUAAUUCAUUGUGUAUGUGUGCAUAUAUUUAAUUGAUGUAGCCGAUGUUGUGGUGUGCUUGUGGAAUAUACAAAAUAGAAUGUGCAAGAACCAGUUUCAGAAGAGAAUUAACUUUUUGAACACUGACAAGGGGUGAGAACGCAAGGAUGAAGAUGAAAAUGAGAAACCGCCUCAUUAAAUAUUCCAUAUUGUAAAUGCAUUUAGGUUAUUUGGUAAUGUUUAAAUACCACCUUAAGAUAAAAAUACUUAUGAAUCUUUUUGUUCAGCAAUAAAACUUAUAUUUACUUAUGAUAAUACUAUAGUUGCAUUAAGUCGUCAUUUGUCAUUAUUUAUGCUUGUACUCUGGAGAGAGAACUGUAGCCUCAUCUCAUUAGGUAGCUGAGAAUUGUUUUCAUUCUCUGCUUGGCCUAUGCAUUUAGAAAUUAUCAAACGUAAUACACAAUGCUGUUUGGUGUGGCCAUGAAACCAAUCCCAGGAUGGGCCUCAUGCGUCUGGGUCAUAUUAAUAGUGUUUUAGCAGCAUACCUACAUCACAUGUGCAUCAAGCAUGUGAUUUAUAAAAUAAAUUUGGAAGGUGAUAUGA